CGGAACGACGUACUGUGCGGUAGUACAAGUUCGCGAUCGCGUUGAUCUCCCGCGGUUUCUAAAUUCAUUCUAAAACUUUCGCACGAAAUUUUGAUAGUGUCUGUUGGUGUAAUUAGUGAAACAUUAUUUAUCACAUUUCAAGACCUAAUUCGCUGUCUUUAUUUUUCUUCACGUACAAACUUGACUUGAUUGCCAAAGAGAAAUACCAUGUGUCUUCGUACAUCGCUUGGUAUAGAAUCCAUGGAGCCGGCAGUGGCGCAUCAUCAACAGAACAACAAACUGCAGAAAGCAAAAGAAAAGUACAUGAAGUUGCACGACGACUUGGUCGCCAAGGAACUAAACAUUAUCAAGGAACAGAAGACCGAUGCUGUUUUUAUUCCGGAACUAGCCGAUGACAUAUUGAGGGCUAGUACCAUAAAUUACAGCUCGCUUCUGAAGACGUUGUCAAAAUAUUAUGAGACAUUGCAACAGACGAAAUUUUUCAAGAUUCUGUUCUACACUACACAACCAGCCCAUGUAAUCAUGAUCGCAGCAGUUCUGUGUGUAACGUCGGCUUUGGUACCAACGAAAGAUAGAUUACAGGGUGCUGGUCAUCCUUACUCGAGAACAACCACUUUCAUUUAUUUGGCCUCGUUUGUGAUGCACCUUGGCGCUCAAAUUUGGAUGACCUUCGUUUCAGGUCUGUCGUUAUACUUUGCAUUGCCCAGGCACACGUUUGGCGAGGUGCAGCGAAUUCUAUUCCCCAGAUAUUUCACCAUUAAUGCGUGUCUUAGCCUGACUACGCUGCUCAUUUUUAUCAAACAUCAUCCAGCCCAUACAUGGGAUACGGAAAUAGCGAUACAGGUGUGUGGAAUGUCUGGUGCAUUCUUUUUGGAGCUACUAAUUAGACUUUAUCUGACUCCGCCCCUGUUGCAAUUGAUAGUUCAGAAAAAUAUAUUGGAACGUGCUGCUGGAGUCGGUAAUGAGAUUGGUCGCCACAAUCCAGGUCCAUUAAAACAUUGUCCACACUAUUUAAACAUUCACAAAACCUUUCGACGUGUUCACGUUUAUAUUGCUAUGGGGAAUAUGUUGACUAUGGGAUGUACAGUCUUGCAUCUUCAUUAUAUAGCCAGCAAAAUAUGCGUUCUUUAAUAAUAUUCUAAUCAGAUCUUCCACGAGCACGUGUACACGGUGAGAAUUGUGAAAAUAGUUUUAUUUUUCACCAAUGUCUCCUACAACGCUAGCCAUGGUGUUUGGAUUAAACAUAUGGAUCUAGCCUUCCAAAUUCUCGUCAGAUCACUUAUCGAAAGUGAUACGUGAUCUUGUAACACGAGUAUUCGAUGUAAUUUAGCGAAGUUUCAUCGGGGAUCAGAACUGUAAACGUUAGAGGUGCUUAAUACUGACAAACAAGGGAUAUGACUCCAUCCAUUGUUGUCGCAAUGCAUUAAUUAUAAUAAAAUGUUUGAGGAACGAUGAUCAACGUAAGUUCCACUUUGUAUGUAACUGUGAAUACGUGCAAAUGUGAAAUUUUAAUGUUAAUCACUCUUUCCUUUUUGUUUUCUAGCGACAUGAAUUUUAUCUGUUCGUGGAUAGCGCACGUGCCGCGGGAUAAAAAGUUAAAGAAAUAAUAUGCUAAUCGAUACAGAAAUUAGUGAAUAUGGUUUUAAUAUUUUGUUAAAAAAGAAAGUCGAAAUUUCGAGGAAUUUUGAAAAGAUAAUUAUCAUAAGAAUCUGACGUAGCAAAAUGUGUAAUAUAUUUUUAUAAAUUAGAAUAUUCGAAGAUGUAAGAAUGCGAAAUCGUUGACUAUACUGUUAGGUAAUAAAUAGCUUACUCUGUAUCAGAGUUAAUAAUAUUUAUUAAAAUAGCAGUAGUAUAUAAUGCUAAUCUUACAGCUGCGUGGAGUCGUCAGAUGUUUGAUUGAAAACAUGAUAUUACUGCAAGAAUUUAAUUUAACUGAUUGACUAAUUUUCUGACUCAUAUACUCGCAUUACAUUAUUGUAAAUAAUGCAUAUCGCCCAUAUUAUGUUAACUGUAAAUUAUGAUACUUCGAACAAUAAUAUAAAAUUUGUUUUUCUUUUUUAAAUAUUGAUUGAAAGUGUAUUGAUUGUAAUCCUAUCAUAUAUGUUCGCUAUGGAAAUUAUGAUUUCUAAUGAAAGCAUGGAUUAUUGGUACAUUGAAUUGUCUUAAUGUUAAUUCAAAUAAUUUAUGUAUAAAAAAACUACCUUUAAUUACAAGUUCAUGAUACAAUCUUACGUUUUAAGGUUCAUUGAAAACUUUUCGUAAGUAUGUAAUUAUAUUAUCACAUAAGUUGAUUUCUUCGCUAAUUCUAGUAUCACCAAUACUACCGCUAUAAUAUUUGUCAUUGUAAUAAAAGAAUUUACUGUUGCAUCCCCCACUUAUUAAAUCAUGAUUACCCACACGCUUGGUUGCUACGAUAUAAUUUUCGCUUAAUACAAAUAUAUUGAUUGAAUUUGGAGAUUAUGGAAAAGUCUAUUGUUAUAUUCUAUGAUUUUCUAAAAAAAUCAUGUAAAUAUGGAAAUAUAAACAUAUAUACAGUCA